GUGUCGAUGAAGUAAUAUUAUGAUCCCGUGGGCAUUUUAUUUGUCAGUCUACCUCGAUACACUGCACGAGUCACCAUGGGUCGCCUUACUCUAGAACAGAAGAAAUUUUACAAAGAUAACGGUUACAUUUUACUGAAAAAUCUAAUUUCAGAAGAAGAAUUGUCGCGAGUGAUAGAUGAAUAUGACAAAUUAUUCAAGAGGAAGAAUCUGGAACAGAUGGAGAACUCUUGGGUUGGAAAGAAUGAAGAUAAUAGGAAAAGUGACAGUCCUUACACAGUAAAAGGAGUCCACAACCUGCAACAUCAUCACGCUGUUUUUGGAAAGCUACUGUACAAUGAUAAUAUAUUGGACGCACUGGAGGAUGUGAUGGAGACAGAAAACAUCAUGCUGCAUCACACCAAAGCGCACUACAAACCACCAGAGAAGGGGGCUUCCUACCCUAUGCAUCAGGAUUACCCCUACUUUCCCUAUGAGAAGGAUUCCAUGGUGGCAGUGUUCAUCCACUUAGACCCAGCGACUCCUGAAAAUGGAGGAUUACUUGUAUACCCUGGCUCUCACAAACUUGGACCUCUAGAGGAUGUCGGAAAACUUCAGGGCAACUUCCAUUUUGUUGAUCAGAAAAAGUUCCCUAUCGAAAAAGCUACACCCGUUAUUGCUGAUCGUGGAGAUGUCGUCAUUUUCUCCUACUUUCUUGUCCAUGGCAGCACGCAGAACCUGUCUGACAAACCACGUCGUAUGUUCCUCGCACAAUUCGCGUCGGCUGACGACCGGCCUAUAGGAGACCAAAGACCGCAGCCUGGAUACGGCUGGAAAAUGAACGACAACGAAGAUGAGCUGACCACAUUUUGUGAUUCGGCGGCAUCUCUUGUCGAAGGAUGUCGCCUACCUGUGCGUAUGCAAGGAGGAGAUGACUGGCCUUUAGCUGAAAUUAUCAGUAUUAAAGAAAUACGCGGACAACGAGGAUAUUACGUGCACUAUGUGGACUUUAACAAACGUUUGGAUGAGUGGGUGGGUGAAUCCUGGUUGGACACGAGAAAGGUACAGUUUCCAAGAAGAGAUGGAGUAUCCACCGGAGGAACAACCACUCCAAAGAAGACACACAUCGGAUCAGGAGGUGGCGUCAUGCCUAAUUUUAUUAAUGACACUGUCUGCAAUGAAAGUCAGAAGUCUAGUACGAUACAGAGUAGACCUACUAUUCCGAACCAACAAGUUCCGCCAAGUCUACCCCAACCUAAAGUUCAUGAGAAAACCCAUUUAAAUGCACUCAAUGGUUCUACACCAAAAAAUGCACUUGGUGUGGUUGCCGGUGAGCCGCGUCAGUUGGUGUCUCGUCCAGCAAGCCCAACACUGGGCAACGACUCGUCGUCGCUCGUCAAUGGCGGCGCAGUACUUGCGGCUGCUUUGCAGAAGAAAAUGAAUAGGAAACGGAAAGCGCCAUCUAUAGACAAUGAAGAACCCAAGCAAAAUUCUAAAACAUUUCAGGCGGAACCCGUUCCGUCUAUAGAGAACGAGGGAAGUGAGACCACGGAAAUGGUUAACCUGCCUUGUAUUUACAUCUGUGAAUUCUGUUUGAAGUACAGAAAAAGUAAAAAGUGCCUUGAAAGACAUUUGAUUAAAUGCAAACUAAAACAUCCUCCUGGCAACGAAAUAUACCGCAAAGGCAGCAUAUCAUUUUUCGAGAUAGACGGACGAAAGAACAAAUGUUACGCUCAGAAUCUCUGUUUACUAGCCAAGCUCUUCUUGGACCAUAAGACAUUGUACUACGAUACUGAUCCAUUUUUAUUCUACGUUAUGACUGAAUUCGAUGCCCGAGGAUUUCACAUAGUAGGAUACUUUUCUAAAGAGAAAGAGAGUACAGAAGACUACAAUGUAGCUUGUAUAUUGACACUGCCUCCAUACCAAAGGAAAGGUUAUGGAAAACUUCUUAUAGAAUUUAAGAAACCUCUAUCGGAUCUUGGUUUGUUAUCGUACAGGAGUUACUGGGCUCAGACUAUACUGGACAUCCUUACGCACAUCAAGCCAGUCGGAGAUAACGAGAAACCCAUCAUUACAAUCAACGAGAUCUGCGAACUAACCAGCAUAAAGAAAGAGGACGUUAUAAGUACACUACAGAAUUUGAACCUUAUAAACUACUACAAGGGCCAAUAUAUUAUAUCGGUCAACGAGGAAACCUUGCAGCAACACGAAAAGGCGAUGGAAAAGAGGACGCUGCGCAUUGAUCCAAAAUGUCUUCACUGGACGCCGAAAGAUUGGUCGAAACGGGCAAAAUGGAUAUAA